CCUCUCAAACCAACAUUUUCCACGCCCGGUGGUAUUGGCGUUUCUCUCGUUAGACUUGCAACAAAACAUCUCCAAUCUUCUAUUAAUCCAGCGUUAAGCGCACCCUUUUUUCGCCCCGGUGGUUUGUGGUCGGAAUCUUGAAACGAACGAAACGAAUCCCUGCUGCAGGGCAGCCGUCCGUCCACCAUGGCUCCGAAGGAUACUUUCUUCCGGUCGUCGGAUAUGAGCUUGACGCAGCUCUAUAUCGCGAAUGAAAUCGGUAGAGAGGUUGUCAGUGCGUUGGGAGAGCUGGGUCAGGUUCAGUUUCGGGAUCUCAACCCCGAUACCAAUGCUUUUCAGCGGACUUUUACGAAGGAGAUUCGGAGGUUGGAUAACGUGGAGCGGCAGCUUCGCUAUUUCCAUGCGCAGAUGGACAAAGCAUCUAUCAUAAUGCGGUCUUCGUCCGAAUUCUCGGAUACUCUGGCGGCACCCAUGGCGUCGGAGAUUGACGAGCUCGCCGAACGAAGCGACAGUCUCGAGCAGAGGAUCGCUUCGCUCAACGAUAGCUACGAGACGCUGAAGAAGCGCGAGGUGGAGCUUACGGAGUGGCGCUGGGUGCUGCGGGAAGCGGGCGGGUUCUUUGACCGUGCCCACACUCACACCGAGGAGAUCCGGCAGUCGUUCGAUAAUGACGAGGCGCCGCUGCUACGGGACGUCGAGCAGCAGCCGAACCGCGGCGACGGCCAGGCUCAGCAGUCGUUCCUGGAGAUGAACAUUGGCUUCGUUUCGGGUGUUAUCCCGCGCGACCGGAUCGCGGCGUUCGAGCGGAUUCUCUGGCGAACUCUGCGCGGUAACCUUUACAUGAACCAGUCGGAGAUCCCCGAGCCGAUUAUCGACCCCACUACCAAUGAGGGAUCUCACAAGAAUGUCUUCGUUAUCUUCGCGCACGGCAAGAGUAUCAUCGCGAAGAUCAGGAAGAUCUCUGAGUCGCUGGGUGCCUCGCUGUAUAGUGUCGAUGAGAACAGCGAGCUGCGGCGCGACCAGAUGCACGAGGUGAACACGCGCCUGGGCGAUGUCGGGAAUGUGCUGCGGAACACCAAGAACACGCUCGACGCGGAGCUUUCGCAGAUUGCGCGCUCGCUUGCGGCCUGGAUGAUUAUCGUACGGAAGGAGAAGUCCGUCUACGACACGUUGAACCGGUUCUCGUACGAUCGGGCGAGAAAGACGCUCAUCGCUGAAGCGUGGUGUCCGACCAACUCGCUGGCGCUGAUCAAGUCAACCCUGCAAGAUGUCAACGACCGCGCUGGACUGAGUGUCCCGACUAUCGUCAACCAGAUCCGCACCAACAAGACUCCCCCGACGUACGUGCGGACCAACAAGUUCACGGAAGCUUUCCAGACGAUCGUCAACGCCUAUGGUAUCCCCAAGUACUCCGAGGUGAACCCCGGGUUGUACACCGUCGUCACCUUCCCCUUCCUCUUCGCAGUCAUGUUCGGUGAUCUGGGCCACGGUCUUCUCAUGACGCUGUGCGCCGCGGCGAUGAUCUUCUGGGAGCGGAAGCUCCACAAGACCAAGCUGGACGAACUGACGUACAUGGCGUUCUACGGUCGCUACAUCAUGUUGAUGAUGGGCUUGUUCUCCAUGUACACCGGUUUCAUCUACAACGAUAUCUUCUCCAAGUCCCUCACCAUUUUCACGAGUCAGUGGCAGUGGCCCGAUCAGGUUGAGCGCGGACAGGCGGUGGAGGCAUCGCUGAAGGAUGGCUAUCGCUUCCCGUUCGGUCUGGAUUGGAACUGGCACGAGGCCGAGAACUCGCUGCUGUUCUCGAACAGUAUGAAGAUGAAGAUGAGUAUCGUGCUUGGCUGGGCACACAUGACCUACGCGCUCUGUCUCCAAUAUGUCAACGCCCGUCAUUUCAAGUCCAAGGUCGACAUUAUCGGCAACUUCAUCCCGGGCAUGAUUUUCUUCCAGUCCAUCUUCGGUUAUCUCGUCACCACCAUCAUCUACAAGUGGUGCGUUGACUGGGCCGCGCGGGGCCAGUCACCUCCUGGCCUCCUGAACAUGCUCAUCUUCAUGUUCCUGUCUCCCGGAACCGUGGAGGAACCCCUCUACAAGGGCCAAGCCACGGUGCAAGUCCUACUGCUUCUUCUCGCCGUCGCGCAAGUGCCCCUCAUGCUCUUCUUCAAGCCCUUCUAUCUCCGCUGGGAGCAUAACCGCGCGCGCGCCCUCGGCUACCGCGGUCUCGGCGAACAGUCCCGCGUCAGCGCACUCGACGACGACGGCCACGACAUGAACGGCGGGCGCGACAGCAUGGCGAGCGACAGCGAGAACGUAGCGAUGAUCGCGCAGGACCUGGACGAAGAAGAGCACGAGGAAUUCGAGUUCUCAGAGGUCAUGAUCCACCAAGUCAUCCACACCAUCGAGUUCUGUCUCAACUGCAUCUCCCACACUGCGUCCUACCUCCGUCUCUGGGCCCUCUCCCUCGCCCACCAGCAGCUCUCUAUCGUCCUCUGGGACAUGACCAUUGGCGGCGCCUUCGACCAGGAGUCGCCCACGACCCGCGUCAUCAUGAUCGUCGUCACCUUCUACAUGUGGUUCACGCUCACCAUUGCCAUUCUCUGCGUGAUGGAGGGUACCAGUGCCAUGUUGCACUCCCUCCGUCUGCACUGGGUUGAGGCUAUGAGCAAGCACUUCCAAGGCGAAGGCAUACCUUUCGUUCCGUUUAGCUUCAAGACGCUUCUGGAGGAAGAUCCUGUCGAGUGAUCUUGAGCUGUCUUUCUUUUUCAAAUCUCUUUUUCCAACUGAUUGUCCGUCUUUCCUUCUUGGAUCGUCUCUUGUACUGUAGCUAGUUAGUUUCCCUGUAGGAAACUCAAUUGGAUUCUAGACCUGUCUUUA